AUGGCGCCCAACGGACGCAAAGCGUCCCAGCGGCGCAAUAGACAUCAAUCUCAAAAGAGCUCCUGCCAUUCGUGGCUCGAGACAAAUGGGAAAGCCGAAUUCGACAAAUGGAGGCUCGACAAUCCGACACAAGAAAUCUCAUAUGAGGUUUGGAAGAAAUCGGAACACGUCGAAGGCCUCUCAUUGUUUUUUGCGGCUGCCGACAUCCUCAACGAAUCUGAUUCUAGUGACGAUGAUGAGAAUCUUGAGCCAGAGGAGGUGAAACCUCGUCCGCACCCGGUGCGUACUCUAUCGGCGCGCGAACCGAAGAAGAAAGUGACGGUGAACGACAAAAGACCUCCGCAUGCCGCAUUGUCGGCAAUUCCAGCCGCGCAUGCGAACUCUGACGAUUUGAGCCCAGCCAGCAAAAGGCAGCGCAGGGCGAAAAAGUCGUUUCUGUCUGAAGAGACCGUUGACUCAGAUAGCCAUAGCGAUGGCCAACAAACACCAUCAGUUGGACUCGUCAAGCAAAAUGGCGCAACAGCUCCAGUACCCACCACUGCUGUCAAUGGAAAGCGCAAAUCUUCUGGUCGCAAGUCUAAGAAGAAGUUCCUUUCAGAGGAGAUAAUCUCGCCAGAAGAUGAGAUGGAUGAUCCCAUGUCACUAGGGGAAGUCGUGCCUCCACUGAUCGCAUCACCUCUACCAGUCCGCCCAGCACCAAAGGCAACGGCCAGGUCAAAAACCACAGCGCAGACUUCAGUGCAGAAUCCCGAACCGCCGAAGAAGACGCAUAUUAUCAAGCUCAUCACCCGAAAGACGCCGAAGAAGCCAGAUUCUCCCGAGCAAGAUGAGCGCAUGAAAGUUACAGUGGCACCAACCUCAGCCACAAACAUUGCUGCGACAAGCAAGCCCAGUAAAGCAUCCAGAAAUUCGAAAUCUGUCGAGGUAGAAGAACUAUAUAAGACUAUCCAAGGCACUAGCACAACCGAGAGUGCUGGUCCAACAAUUGAUGCCAGCACUGUUGCACCAAAUCAGACUCCCACUCAGUCUGUAGAAGCAGGAGCAGAUUCGGCCGUGAAUUCGCCCAACCCAACGGACCUCUCAGCUUCAGGUACACGGCGUGGUCUUCGCACGCGCCGACCUGCACAACAACGCCCAUACUAUCAUGAUGCCCAGCUUUUCGAUGACGUCGAACCUAACAUCUCUAGCCCGGGCGGCCCAUCCACUGCAUCUCCAGAACUACGCAGCAGACGUGCGUCCGCUGUGUCCUUUGUCAACAAGCCCUACGACACUGAAUUGCUUGCGCAUCUUGACGCAGAGGCUCUCGCCAUCUUGCAAGACGACGCCGAAGAUGAGCCAGUAGGUGAACGCCGACCUAAGACCUUCAAAGGCAAAGGCCGGGCCUGGAAAAAAGAAGAAUCAGACGAAGAUGACGAGUUUAUCGUUGAUAAGAAGAAGGCUGCAAAGGCUGCAAAGGCUAAAGCUAAAAAUCAAGCUCCUACUGUGCCGAAGAAGAGGGGCCGGCCGAGGAAGAGUGCGUUGCCUGAGGACAUGAUACUCGACCGUUCAGAACUGCCAGGAACCACAUCCGCGCACAAUUCGCCUGCUCAAUCACCCUCGCCUGCCACCACCGUCAAGGAGGGAGCGAAGAAAGGGCGCAAGCCGUCUCGCAAGAGUCUUCUCUCUGCCGAGAUCAUCGAGGACUCGGACAGCGACAUCGACGCCAGCCUAAACACGGUUUCUGCACGUGCCGAGUCGACCGCUGCCUCAACGCCAAAGUCGAAGAAGGUGGCCAAGGCCAGGAAGUCAGAUCAGAGUACGACAUCUAGGAGCUCUGUGCGCCCGCAAGAUGAUGUCGGGGCUGUUGAGCCAAUAAUUCAGUCAACAACACCGGUUAGCACGCCGCGGAAGAGUUAUAAGCCAAGUGACAUGAUGGAUGGUAGGAAUUAUACGCCAAUGGGUAUGCCACGCAGUCUGAGAUUGUCGCUCUCAGAUACGGUGGAGGGGGCCAAGGAAGAUGUCGAGGUUGCUGGCGAUGAGCCUCUAACAAAGGACGACAAGAUGGUGGAAGAGAAGACUGUGGCUGAGGAGGAAGUGCUCUGUAAGCUGCCUACUGCUCAUCCAUAG